AUGACGAACUCCACUUCAGCAGUAAAUCUGACAGAUGUACCCGCUGGUGGCCAAACCACCGCCGAAAUUAUCAUUUCUGUCUUUGAAAUCGCCAUUGUUCCAGUUAUAGUUGGUGGCAACAUCCUCAUCAUCUCUGCUGUUUGUCGUUUCAAGAAUUUGAGGUCUGCCAGUAACGUCAUGAUUGCCUCCCUUGCCGUUGGAGAUCUAAUGAUGGGCGGGAUAUACAUGCCGACGAAACUGCUUCUGACUUUUUAUGGUCACCUGUUUGCACAUCGAAUGCCGUGUCUGAUAAAUAUUUUUCUUUCAUCCUUCUCUGUAAUGACAGCCAUGCUGUUACUGUCUAUGAUCUCGAUAGAACGCUUUUACGCGGUGCAGUUUCCCUUUCACUAUCACUCCAACAUGACGGCUCGGCGUUGUGUCGCAUGGAGUACAACAACGUUUGCCGUGUCGUUGGUUAUGGCGCUCCCCAGUCUUGGUGGAAUUGAUCUUUGGACUUCCGGCAUUCGAUGCCUCAACACCAAAGUUCUCCCUGGCUAUUACGUAUGGAGUUUGACGUUAGUUAUAUUAAUGGUGCAACUGGUAGGAUUUCUCUGUUUUCUGCGAGUGCUGGCUGCAGAAAUCAGCAUCAGGAUGCGAUUUGUGAACGUGCAACAAUCUGAACGCAGAUGUCCUGAUUCUGUCAAGUCCACUCUGAUCCUGACUGUGUACGUCUUCUCGAUACUGUGCUGGAUCCCUCAGGCCGUUUAUCUGUUCGUCGCCAAGCUCAACCCCCAGACUGUCUCCGUGUUCAACCUGAGGGUCGUGUCCUUCACGGCAGUCUGCAGCUCUGGCGUCAACUGCUUCAUAUACGGUACCAAGAACAGCAGCUUCAGAAGAGCUUUCAGGAAGAUGUUCAGAUGCAGAGUCAGGCAAGUGGAACCGAUGGCAAUGACAGAGGGAAUUACUCGACAAGGUAGCUCUUGUAUCACUCAGUGA